AUGGGGCUCGCGCUGGCCUGGGCGUGCCUCGGACUCGUGCUGUGCUCUGGGCAGCUCCUCCCAGCCCAGGCAGCCGAAGCGUUCCCCGGACUGGAGGAAUGGAAUAACAAAACAAUACUGCCCAGUCUAAGGGCGCUCAAAGACGACCAGUGGGUGCUCCUGGAGCUGUAUGCUCACUGGUGUCCUGCCUGCCAAAAAUUCCAGCCAAUCUACCAGGAUCUGGCCGCGCACUUCCAAAAAGAUCCAGGACUCGUCGUGGCCCGCGUGGACUGCGCAGAGUAUAAGGAUGUGUGCGCAAAGUACGAAGUGAGGGGCUACCCGACACUCCUGCUGGGUCGGGCCGGUAAGGUGGCGGCACAUGACGCGGCAGCGCUGACCAAGAUCGCGGCCGUAAGAAUCCUGGACAACAUUGUCAAGGAGCUGAAAGGUGUCAUGGACGCCUCCAAGGAGGCUUCGGCGCUGGGACGCAAGGCCGGCGGGGAGGGCGCAGGCCAGGGGUCCGAGGCCCUGCGCAUCCUGCCGGCUCCCGCGACCGCCAGCCUGAACGAUGUCGAGGGCGCCACGAUGGAGUCCUGGCGCGUGGUCACGGACGCGCCCGCCGUCCUGACGGGGGCUGACGCACGCCAGGCGCUGGCGGACUGGCUCGCGCUGCUGGCACGCACGCACCCCAGCCUCCUGUGCCAGGCGGGCGCAGCGGCCAUUUCCACCCAGCUGGAUACCCUCUGGCCGGGGGACCAGGAGGAGCCCCUGCCUGGCCUGCUGCAGCUGGACAUGUGUCCUGGAUCUGAGUUCAAGGCGUACCGGACCUGUGGAUCGGCUGCGGGGGCCAAGGGCGAUGGCUUCACAUGCGGCCUGUGGCAGCUGCUCCACACCACCUCCGUCCGCAUCGCCGACGCCCCGCGCGCCGGCGCCAACUGGCUGGUGGCCGUGCGCGGCUUCGUGCGCCACUUCUUCCUCUGCAGCGAGUGCAGCGACCACUUCGUCAAGAUGACCACCGACGCAGCGGCGGCGCGUGUGGCCAGCCGGCGGGAUGCCGUGCUGUGGCUGUGGCGGGCACACAACCGGGCCAGCCUGCGCCUGGCGGUGGAGGAGGACGGCGGCGGGGGGCGGCGCCACGAGCAGUGGCCCACCAGUCUGCUCUGCACGCGCUGCAAGGUGGAGGACAGCGACCCCACGGAGGGCUGGGUGGAGGAGGAGGUGUUCGCCUUCCUCAUGACCUACUUUGGUGCACAGGGCGCGGCGCAGACCCCGCAGACCAGCUCCCGGUCGGCGCAACUGGGGAAGGCGGGAGCGGGAAAUGGAUGGGGCGCCGCUGCCCUCAUCUUCCUCGCGGUGGCUGUGGCGCUGGCUGCGGUGACAAAGGGGGUGGCGCAGUACUCGCCCGUGAAGGUCAGAGCCUUCUGA